AUGCAAAACUAUCUCAUCCGACAAGAAACCCCCAUUAAAAAUAAUGAACCAACAAUCGAUCCAAAUCUUGAAUCUGCAACUCUCGAUGUGGCUCUUGAUACAACUCUUCAGACCAACAAUGAUCAUCUGCCAAGUGAAGACCUCUUGGAUUUGGAUGCAGUUCGAGUACGUCUUGCGGAUCAGAUGAGCAGCUAUCUUUCAGCUCCAAGAGCCCCUGUGGCUAAAAAUCGAUCGGAGAAGGCUCGAGCCCUUUGGGAGGAUCUGAACACUGCAAUUACUUCUGUAACUGCCAUUCUCAAAGAAAAGGCUAAGAAAGAUAAGAGCCUACGAUUUCCUCAGUCCAUCAUCGAUAAUCUGAAAGAAUUCAACAUCCUCCGAUUCAAGUUUAUGCUUGAUGGGACCAAGCUCCCCACUGAAGCUGCAUCUCUGGCUACUGCUCAGUCAUCAAUACGUCAAAACUCUUCAAAAGAUGAACCACAGCACAACCGUAGUGGAAUUUACCUAGCCAGAAACAUUGCUAAGCAAGCUCGACACAUAGUUAGAUACCGGGAGCUUGCUGUAAUCAAACACGGGAAUCGUACGAACCACAAAUCCUUGCUGAACAAUAAUGAACUUCGGGCAUCUCUUUUCAAAUGGGCUGCAUCACAAGUCCCCGGAGCGGUCACUCCGAUCACAUUCCAGUCGUUUGUUAUCAAUGAUCUUCUUCCAAGUUUUGGAAUUGACAGGUCUAUCAGUCGCGAAUGUGCUACUCGAUGGAUGGUUAAGCUUGGAUUCCGAUCACAGGUGCACAAGAAGUGCCUCUAUUUCGAUGGCCACAAGCGACCUGAUGUUGUCAAAUCAAGAAUUGAAUACCUUGAAACCUACACAAUGUACCGAAAGCGAUCACGCAUGUACAAUACUGAGACGUUUCAACAAUCUUCAAGAGUUGAUCCUGAAGUGCUGGGUUCUAUGAAAGAGACAAUCUUUGUCUUCCACGAUGAAUCUACCAUUCACGCAAAGGAGAGGCCUAAAUCCUCCUGGCUUCUUCCUGGAACGACUGAGAUACUGUUGGAAUUCAGCUUAAAAUUCCAUCAGAUACGAUCAAAGAAUACCGGUCGAUUAAUUCACAUAUCCGAUUUUAUAUUAGAGACCUCUGGAAGACUUGAACUAUCCGACAUUGAAUUCCAAUCUUCCCAGCAUGAUGGAGGCACUAAGCCUGUCUCAGCCGAUGCUGCUACCGUCAUCUAUCCUGGAAGUAAUGGUGAUCCAUGGUGGGACAUGGAACAGUUAUGCGAACAGGUUUCAAAGAAGGCAAUUCCCAUUUUUCAACACCUUCAUCCAAAUUCUCAAGCCGUUUUUAUCUUUGACUGUUCAUCAGCACAUGGCGCCUUUUCAAAGACGGCGCUAAGAGUUCAAAACAUGAAUCUCAAACCUGGAGGCAAACAAUCUCAUCUCCGCGACUCAAUCAUCCCUUGUGAUGAUCCAUGCAUUCCGUUACACCUUCGAGGCCGACCUCAGACUUUUUCCUACGAUUCAUCACACCCAGAUCCAAAACUCGCUGGCCAAGCAAAAGGAAUCCAGACUAUCUUAGAAGAGAGAGGUCUUUGGCAGCAUUACAGCUCCAAAGCACAUGAAUCUAACAACUCGAGCACUUGCUGCUGGUCCAAGAUCAUGUCUUGUCAAUCCGAUUUUGUCAACGAACGACCAUUAUUACAACAGAUCAUCGAGGAUUCUGGACAUGUCUGUCUUUUCUUACCCAAGUUCCACUGUGAACUGAACCCGAUUGAGCUCUUCUGGUCUUAUAUCAAGGAUUGGUAUCGAAAGCAGUCUCACACCACUCAGUCGUUUCCUGCUGCAAAAGACCUUUUUGAAAAGGUUCGGAAAUCCUGCCCUCUUGUCACCAUACGAAAGUACUUCUGCCGCAUUGAUCAACAAAUUUCAGCAUAUCAACAAGGAUACAACGGUCCUCAAUCCCAAGUACUGAUGAAGAAGUAA